AUGGCCUUCAAACGCAAGCGUUCCGACUCGGAGCUCUUCGCCUCUUUUAACUCGCCCGCCGGCUCCGACUCGAGCAUCGAGUCCUUCGAGUGCCCCGUCUCUCCGAGCCCCGUCUACCCGCGUGCCUACGUGACGCCCUCGCAUCUGCCCAGCCGGACGAUGAAGCGCUUCCGCGACAACAGACCGUCCGAGAACCAGAUCCAUCAACGUACCCUCAACAUGCUGUACUCCGCCCAGCAGCAGAACCAUCACAAGACCAACCAACUGGGCGAUGCGAACCUCGAACCAUCCUCCCCUUCCCCGGCCGCGCGCAACACGCAGCAGUCCCUCCAUAGCUUCUGGAACAUCAAAUCCGCCGCCCCCAGCCUCUCCGCAGCCUCGGCCCCGCCGGUAGACCAGGCGACGCUCUGCCCCGUCAGCUGCGACGACUGCGGCGCCGGGCUGGGCUCCUCGGACGGCGGCGCGCCGGACGGGAUGGAUGUUGACGAUGCGUACGCCUACGGCGCCGGCUUCGAGGCGGAUCACGCCUGCGGCGCGUGCGGCAGGCACGUCUGCUCGCACUGCUCCAUCACGAACCUCGGCGAGCAGCGGCGGUGUCUGCGGUGUGCCGGUCGGACAGCCUGGGGCGACGGGAGCCGCGCCGGCUUGUCGGCGUCGUCGAUGCGCAUCUGCUAG